AUGUCAUUAUUUGGCACUCCUGCACAAGCACCGUCCAAGCAUUUGCUAGAAAUCAAAGCUGGUAAACUAAUAAAGGAAAAUAAUAUGCUCAAACCAGAUGUUGCUCUUAAAGGAUUACUGUACUUGGAGCAAGAAGAUGACUUGAUGCACGUCAUUUUUCAAGAUCGAACUACCAAGGUUAUUGUAGAGGACUUGAUUCUCUUCCCCGGUGAUGCUGAACUGGUCAAAAUACACGCUCGAAACUAUGUCUUGAAAUGGAAGGAAAUAUCUCAACGAGUAUUCUUUUGGAUGCAAGAGCCAAAGGAAGAAACAGAUGCUGAACUGGUCGCCAAAUUCAACAACAUCAUAAAUAAUCAGUCUGUUGAUGUGAAUGAAGAUGCUCAGAUACAAGCCUUGUUGAGCCAAACGUCUGGAGGUACUUCAUCUCGCUCUGCUGCUACAACAGCACCAGCCUCUGGAGCUGCUCCAUCAAGCAAAUCAGCCCAAAUGGAUCAACUUCGAAGUAUCUUGGCAAACAUUCAAGUGCCACCAUCUGAACCAGACCUGGAUUUAUCAGACGCAAUUACACCAGAUCUCGUCAGUGGAAUGCUGAGUGACUCUCAUGUGGCCCAAGCUUUGUUUCCUCAUCUCCCAGCCGGUGCAAAACACACCACCGCUGAACUCAAUUCUGUCAUACGAUCACCGCAAUUCAAAUCAGCACUUCGAACGUUAUCAUACGCCAUAAGAAGUCAGCAACUUACAGCUGCUCAACUGGGAGUCGAAGGUGGCUCGAAUCAACCAUUACAAAGUGUCUUGCAAUUGUUGAAGAUCAUGCAAGAACGAUAUGGUUCGUCGAUGCAGACUGAUUAA